ACGUGAUGCCUGUGCGGUGACGUCACGGCCGCACUCGCGGACCAAAGAGGUGGAAAAAAAACAAAACAAGUAGUCGUAGUCGAUGCGUUCGUGGAAACAGGAAGCAAAGCGGGGGAAAGCCAAGCAGAGGUUGUUGUUACAACAAAAAUUAAGAAGGGAGCGCUCUGUCUUUUCCCUCCCAGCUAUUUUGAGCUCUUUAAACUAACAGUGCAGCCGCGGACUUUCAGUCCGUUGCUUGGACACCGCUGAAGGAGAGAAGCUCGCGCGCUUCGCGGACCAACGGCUACCUGAUCAGGGGUGUCGGUUUAUUUGCCCUCCCUCACCGUCCACCACACUGGAAUUAACCCCACUUUACUGAUACCGUAUUAUUUUAAAGGCAGGGCGUGCCAUUCCACCUUUUAAACGCGGCCCUGGUCGUUUUACUGGAGUGUUUUGGCGUUUGAAGAAGUCUUCAGUCUGUCUGACAGGAACGGUGCAAGCGCAGGCAGCCUGAGCUAACGCGAGCUAGCGACUUAGCUGCUAAUGUCAACUAACAUGGAGGGAGAGGUGCAUGUGUUACAUAACAACCAAACGCAAUUAAACCACCGACUUUUGACACCCAGCAAGCACAGCUAUGGACGUGAAUUAAUCUCCAAAGAAUAAAACGGCCCAUAAACACAUUUAUUUGGCAGAGAUGGAGUCGAACCCGCUGAUCAGCGCAAUGGAUCCGUCCAUUACAUUGUGGCAGUUCCUGCUACACCUGCUGGAUGAUCAGAGUCAGAAGCAUUUGAUCUCCUGGACAUCUGGGGAUGGAGAGUUCAAACUGCUGGAUGCCGAGGAGGUGGCCAGACUCUGGGGGCUGCGCAAGAACAAAACCAACAUGAACUAUGAUAAACUGAGCAGGGCACUUCGUUACUACUAUGACAAGAAUAUUAUUAAGAAAGUUAGCGGCCAGAAGUUUGUCUACAAGUUUGUGACCUUUCCGGAUCCCAACUCUGCUGAUGGGCUGAAAGGGCCUGAGGAUUCCCAGAGGGCCGCUACAGGGGAGAAAUUGGAGCUUUCCAUUCAGACCAAAUCUAACACCACCAACCCGUGUCUCUCCAAGAGCCUGCAGGUUCAGCGCUCCUCUCUUAGCUCAGUGCAACGCAGCUCCCGCAACGAUUACAUGAAGUCUGGUCUCUACUCCACUUUCACUAUCCAGUCCCUGCAGACGCCCUACAAAACCACAUCCAAAUUCAUCAAAACAGAGCACGUCCUGAGUGACUGCAGCCCCAAUCCUGCCCCUCUGGACUGCACAGUGCAUGAGAUGCGAAUGUGUCAGACAGAAGGACAGCAGGGAACUGUUCAGGCCCAUUCGACUGUAGAGAGCAGCAGUCUGCAGGUGAUAGUGACCCACCCGUCCCCAUGUGCUACUCCCGCCCUCAGCCCACAGACGCCCUCUGGAUCUGCCACGGCAACCAUGAAUACUCAAGCACAGAAGAGCCAGAGUUUGGGUGACCCACCCCAGAUCUACCUGUCUGAUCCCAGCUCUCUGACCUCGCUCAUUCCUCUAGCUCAUGGAGAAUGUGUAGUCAACCAUUCUCAGCCUGUGUUUGUGGUCAUAAAGCCUUCGCCAGUCGGGCUGCCCAAAGAGUCCAGCCUCCCGCCUGAAGACGACUUGCUGGAGAUUGUCCAUUUGGAUGACAAAACAGAUGUUGAGCCAGUGUCCACAGUGCCUGUUCCUAGAGUUACAGAUGCCCCUAUCCCUGUGGAUGCUCCAUCACCCUGUGUGGAGCCAGUAUCCCAGCCGGUUGGAGAAGGGGAAGUGAAAGAGAAGCCUGAGCUACCCGAGGACACCAAUACUGCAUCAGCCUCCCUCCCAGCAAGCACGCAGGAAGUACAGCCUCCUAAAUCAAAGAAGCCCCGAGUGCUGGAACUGCCAUCUUCGUCUACGCUGCUGCCCCCUGGACUCUCGCUGGAUAAGGUCAAUGCAGCAGUGAACAGCCUGCUGGCCUCUGGCAGUGCCACAAACACCUUAACACCCACAGUCAUCACCUCCCAUGCCCUGACUCCAGUGGUGUUGACACCGAGUCCGCUGCCAUCAACCAUUCACUUCUGGAGCACUCUCAGUCCAAUCGCUCCACGCAGCCCUGCCAAGCUCUCCUUUCAGUUCCCCUCCAACGGAAGCAAUCAGAUCCAGAUCCCAGCACUGAGCGUGGACGGCCUUUCCACACCUGUCGUUCUCUCCCCUGGACCACAGAAACCAUAGCUUGAGAUUUAAUUCCCUUAUCUCCUGCUGUGGUGAUUGGCUCCCUCCCCAGCCAAUGAAGCGCUGAGGAUGGCCAAUGAAAGAUGGGACACUCCUUAUCAAGUUCUGCUGUGAGUUGGGUGGGGCUUCUGCGCCAAUGUUGACUCGGGAGGAGUGCGCUCUCAGCCGGCCUUCACGAUUGGUUGAAAGAGCGGCCCGAUUCUGGGCUUGAUGGUGGCAUUUCAUAGACUAUUUGCUCUUUUGAUUUUCCUUUGCCUUUUAUAUGAUCAUCAUGGACGGUUAUUUAUUUAUUUCUGAUGUUUCUUGGUGCAUCGUGAGAUGCAUAUACCAGAAUGCUCAUGUGAACUCGGAGAUCUCAAUUUUAUUUUUGAUUUCUCACCGUAACAUUAUGAGUUAUGGACCAGACGAGGUAUCCUUUGAUUGAAUCAAGGCAUAAAAUGCCAUUUACUUCACAGAUGGAGCAUAGCUUUCUUAAAAACUUCUUUAAAAACUUUCUUUAAAAAAAUGGAAAGCAUGCAUUUGAAAUCUGCCAGAUUAAAGUGCAAGUUAAUUUCUUCGGCAUUACAGAGACACAAAUACAUCAUUUAUAGUAACACUGUUAUUUAAACAUUUUGUGUGUUUUUUCCAUGGACAAAGGAGUCCAUUUUCCUAAAGUGGCAUUGGAAAUGCCAGAGGAAUGUAACAGCCAUUCCCAGGAUUUGAAGAGGUGGAACCAGGGAGGAAAAGAUACAAAGAGAUUCUGAGUGAUAUCAUGAUCUGGAAUGUAUCAAUCGUUUUCUUCUAUUGCAUCAUUCCUUUAUUUCAGAACCUUCUUCUUGUAGAUAUAUGUUGCACCCAUUCCAAGAUUUGAAAGAUUGAAUUUUGUAUUCUUGCUUUCCUGUUUUUGUUGUUGUUUUUAGUAAUUCUAUCAAGGAGCCCUUUCUCUGGCAGCAUUGACAAUGCAGGUGAAGGUUUCAGAAGUGUCGCAGCGAAGCUUUGCAGUUUCAUGCUUUUUUUUUUUCUUCAAACGAAAACGCCAGAGGAGACCAAAGACCAGCUGUUAAUAUACAAUCCAUCUUAGCAUCUCUAUCCUUUUUUUCUCUCUUGUUUCGCGUUUUCUCUCGCUCUCGUCGUCUUAUUUUUACUCUGCUGCAUCAAAGGGCUAUAAGAACCUUCACGUAACCAAAACCCUCUCACUUCUGACACUGUAUAUAACUGAUACAUCUAACUCGCCAGCUAUAAGUGUAAAACACAUUAAUCCUUGUAAAUAAAGUAAUUUAUGGCAGAACAGGAAGUAUGUAGCUUCAGCUGCUUUUGAUGUUGUUAGUAGUUUUGUGCAGCCUGCCUCUUAUGCUAUGUUCGUCUGAUGUGUUAAAAUCACACUCACGGUUGUUACCUCAAAGCUGUCAACAGCUCGACAUGUCAAAGCAGGCACGCAAAUACGUAUCAACUGACAAACAAAGUCAACGAUUAUUUGCAUGUCUUCCUGCGCUUGUAGUUUCUCAAGUUUCCUGUGGAGAAAUCAUGGUGGUUAUAUAUAGAGUUCUGCAGAAAGCUGUAGUCAGUGUUUAUGGACAGUAACUGCCCACCGCAUACAGCCUUUUCUGUACAGCCGUUUCUAUCAUUUCAUUUGACCUGAGUUUGCUGAACUCACACAUAACAUCCUUGUUUUCAGUUUUAAGAACAUUUGGGCAACAGUGUCUUUCACUUUAGAACAUUUUGGCUCUUUAAGUUGGUGCUUUUUGUUGUUUUAAAGAGUGUUCUGGUUUGAUAUCUGCGUAAUUGUAAUGAACUUGGGAGGAUUUGCUGGUAGCAUGCUGCAAUUGCUUACGCUUGUCACCUCUCAGAUUGUUCUCUCCUGCAUUUUGUGCACCUCAUGGCUGAUUUGUUACAUGGACCAAUGCGAACUGUUCUUUUCUCAGUGAAUGACUGUUUGUUUUAAGAUGAAGCACUUGAGAAACGCCUUGAAGAUCAGUAAAUGUUCACCACAGCUCUUGGUGUCCCUUUAAUAUGUACCGAUGAUGUCAUGGACGCCCACAAGUCGACACAUUGAAUGUUCUGUUCGGGGGGCAUUUUGGGAGUCACCCCCUCACGUUACCACGUGCUAAGCUCAGUGAACUGAUAUCAGCGUAACCUCCUGAGACCCUGCAUCCUCAUAUGAGGACAUUAUAUUUUAGUGAAUUUCUCUGAG